ACAGAAAGCGAAUGGUGAGCACCUCGCCGAAAGGUAAGGAUUCGUCGUUAACUGCGAGGAUACUGUUGACUUAGAUCGUUCAUGCAAUCCUUGACCUCUAUUCACCACGGCGGUAUCUCACACACAGUGCUAUGGAUCAUGGUCCUCGUCAAUCAUUCCUGCUGAUCACACAAACAUAUCAUCACCGCUCAGCGCUCGCGUACCACAUGCUCGGUGUGCAAUUCGUAGGUGGCCUACUUACCUCGCUCUGGUCAUGAAACCAGUGACAAUGUCAUGAAACAUAGAAAGCCAUGUAUAAAAGCCGUUCGAGACGAGCUAUAGCAGACCAUUCCUCCUUUUCUCUUCGCUCCUCUCUUACGUCCUUUGUACUUCAAUUCACUAUGUUCGCACCAGCAGCCUUUAUUACGCUUUUGACUGCCCUUUCUGGCGUCGCAGCUGUACCCUUCAGCCAGCUCGUCAGGACCCUUCCUAAGGACAUUUCCCACGUCGCCGUCGACGAGGCCCACGGACACUACCUCGCUUUCAAGCGCGACGGUUCUCUAUACGGCAGAUACCCUGUCGAUGCACAGUCCAACGGCCUCGAGCGUCGUGCCGCCAGCCAGUGCGCCCAGCUCUCGGUAGAUGAAGCCAAAACUCUUCCCGGAUGGGAUGCCAUCGUGCAAUAUGCCAACAAUAAUUGGGGCGAUGGUUCCCGCACCAUUGUUACUAACCCUUCCGACUACGUCGACAGUCCUGCCCAGGUUUGUAUCACAGACGAUGUCGUCGAGCUCAGUUUCUCCGGCGACCCGGUUUGCCAGACGCACACCACCUCUUCUGAGGGUAGCCUCGUUGGUACUUCUGGUGAAGUCGAUAUCGAAGUCGACCAAGGCUUCAACACUGACACUUCUUACACCCUCACCACUGCAUCAACGAUUGGAGUUUCAGACACAUUGACCGUCAAAGUGGGCGUUCCAGAGGUAGCCGAAGUGACUGACGCUUUGACCAUCUCUACCGAGGUCACGGACACGACCUCGAGCACCUUCGACGUAUCCUACAACGACGUGAGCAAAGUCACCAUAAAGAUGACUGCUCCAGAAGGCAAGACUUGUACGGCUACGACCAGCACCAAGACUUGUAACAUCCAGGCAACAGGAAAUAUCCGUUACCUCGCGAGCGGGUGGGUUUGGUUCAACUACGACGAUGAGACUGACGGUCACUACAAAUGGGCUGCUAGCAUCGAAGCGGUCCUCACGAACCAGGAUGACCGCUCGAGCUUUGCCGAGUUCAAAGGCUCUAUGGUGGCAAAUACCCAGACUAGCUAUGCUGGCACCUGCACGUAACUGUAUCGCCAUGACACCAAAAUUUGAACUUUAAGACUUCAGCUUAACAUAUGAUUUAUUUCGUUUCAUGCCCUGGCAUUGAUCCAUACUAUUUAUGCUUACAAUCCGUAUACCAUUUCGUUUGUGCCUUGAGUUGCAAUAAAUGGG